AUGAUAUAGCAAGAUGCGAGCAAGUUUGCCAGAGUUGGCAUAGCUUUAUUAAUUUAGACAGCUUGUAAAACAGGAAAAUUUUUAUGGCAUUCUAAGAAAAUCUAUCAAAUAAAAAUCAAGGACUUAAUUUUCUAUGAAGAUAAUUUGUGGAUAAGGAAAAAGGAAAUCGUUGAUACCAUUUCUUAACUUGAAUUAGAGUCACUCACAAUCAAACUAAAUUAAUUCAAUUUAUUCGAUAAGAUAUUGGUCAAUCAAAAACAACUCAAAAAAUUAGAAAUACAAAUGCCCAUCAAUAAUUCAGAAUUGCAGUUACUAACUCAAUUGCCUUAAUUAGAAGAGUUACAUCUCAGAGUUCUAAAAAAAACAGAAGAGAAUCUCAAACUAGGCCAAUUCCAAAAUCUUAGUGCCAUAUCACUCCAAUGGCAAGGAAUGAAACCUUAAGAAGUCCUAAAAAUGGUUCAAAACUCUUAUGAAACUUUGAAGGAAUUGGAAAUUGAUUCCGAAGAAUUCAAUCAUGAUGAAAUGCUCCAAAUCCUUAAUUGCUUGAAUAAGGACAAAAUAGAGAAAUUGUAUAUUCAAUACUUUUACGAUUUCUCCGAUCUCCACAUCCUCAAACUAAGUGAAUUUUAUAAAUUGAAAAAGUUAUCCAUUUUUAGGGCUUAGAAUAUUGAAGAGAAUUCUAUGUUAUAAUUGUUCUAAGGUAAAUAGUUCUAGAAAAUCAAUUUAAAUUAAUGUGAUGGAGUUACAGACAGAGUUCUGUUUUAAAUAAUAAAGAAUUGUUAAUAACUUAAAUACAUUAAUCUAUCAUGGAGCAUAGACAUUUACAAUCAUUGGGUCUCGGUAUUAUUCGAAGAAGCUCUUCAAUUAGAGGAAGUAUAUUUAAUUGGAUGUAAAUAAUUAACAGAUGAAUGCAUACCUAAAAAUUUAUAUUCAGGCUUAUUUAAAAAAUUAAGACAUCUAAGUUUCGAAUCCUGCAAUGCCGUGAGUGAUGAGAAGUUGAUGAUGCUGAAGAGUAUAUUUAGGUAUGUCAAGAUUGUUGGUUAUUAUGGAGUUGAAAUUGAUACAAUUUGA